UGACGCCCCGCCCCCAGCGGCGCGGAGCGCAGAGCCAAGAUGGCGGCCGAGUUGGAGUAUGAGUCGGUCCUGUGUGUGAAGCCCGACGUCAGCGUCUACCGGAUUCCGCCCCGGGCCUCCAACCGCGGUUACAGGGCAUCUGACUGGAAAUUAGAUCAACCUGAUUGGACAGGUCGCCUCCGAAUCACUUCCAAAGGGAAGAUUGCGUAUAUCAAACUCGAGGAUAAAGUUUCAGGGGAGCUUUUUGCUCAGGCACCAGUAGAACAAUAUCCUGGUAUCGCUGUGGAAACAGUGACAGAUUCCAGCCGCUACUUUGUAAUCCGGAUCCAGGAUGGUACUGGGCGCAGUGCUUUCAUUGGCAUUGGCUUCACAGAUCGAGGUGAUGCCUUCGACUUUAAUGUCUCUUUACAAGAUCACUUCAAGUGGGUAAAGCAGGAAUCUGAGAUUUCCAAAGAAUCUCAGGAAAUGGACGCUCGUCCCAAGUUGGAUCUGGGUUUCAAGGAAGGACAGACCAUCAAGUUGAGUAUUGGGAACAUUACAACCAAGAAAGGAGGUGCUUCUAAGCCCAAGACUGCAGGGACUGGGGGCCUGAGCUUACUCCCACCGCCACCUGGAGGCAAGGUCACAAUUCCCCCGCCAUCCUCUUCAGUUGCCAUCAGCAACCAUGUCACUCCACCACCCAUACCGAAAUCUAAUCAUGGAGGUAAUGAUGCAGAUAUCCUUUUAGAUUUGGAUUCUCCCGCUCCUGUCACGACACCAGCACCAGUUCCAGUUUCUGCAAGCAAUGACUUGUGGGGAGACUUUAGCACUGCAUCCAGCUCUGUUCCAAACCAGGCACCACAGCCAUCCAACUGGGUCCAGUUCUGAACAACACUGGCAGGAUGUUAAGGACAGACUUGAAGAAUAAAAAUGACCUUGAGGGCAACGAUCUUUGAGGGGAGCUAGGAACCCCUUUCCUCCCCAGAACCAAAUUUACUGGACAAUCUUUCUCAUAGCUUCUCCAUUGUGUCCAGGCUGUCCGGGCUGGUUUGUGUCACUUCCCCAUGUUGUUCUUGCUGUGCAGCCAAGAAGGUCUUUCUUAUCUCCUGUUCUCUACCAAGGCAGGGGGAUAGUUGGUCUUAUCGUGCCUAUGGCUGACUAUUCAGGGCUCAAAAGGCCAGGGUCUCUUUGAGGGGGAAAUAACCCUAACAUCUGUGAAGUUUUUCUCCAUUUUUAAAUUAUUUCAGAAUCAUCUCAUGACCCUUGUGUGCCUCUUUGUGAAGCCCUGUUUAGCAAUUUCAGGGGAGACAAAAACCUUGGAACCUUCUUUUCCAUUAACCCAAGACACUAAAAAUGGACAGACUGAGCUCAGUGUUUCCAGGUUCAGAGUUUUGAUGGGGGUAGGUAUGAAGAAAGACCUAUUUCCUGGGUCUCUGCUUGAUAUCCUCCCUUAGGCUUAUCCUGUUCAGUGAAUGUCCAGUGCUGAGUGUCGCCCCGUUACCCUCUCAUGCGUUUACGUGUCUCUUUCAAUUAGGAGGGUUGUGUUGGUGGCACCUCCACUCUUGUGUUUGUUGAAUAGUGCAGCAACUUUAAUCAGUGGGUGUCUCUUAGAUGAAGGAGGUUCAAGGGGCUGUGUUUUCCUAGUUAUAUUCUAGAGAAGCAUUUCCUUUCUUGCAGCUCCAUCAAGUUGCUGCAUUUAAAGCAUGCCAUUACUUUGUAAUGGCCCCCUUAUUUGACCUGAAAUUAAAGGGUUUAGAGUUUUUAACCUGAUUUGUGGAGCAGAGAGGUUGAACACACUUAACUCUUGUUCAGUACCCACGUUGCCUUGCUGCCUGGGUAUCUGGCCCCUUUUCAUAAGCAUUUUUUUUUUUUUUCAAUCCACCAGCUCUUCAACAAAAAAGCUGCUAUUACAUAUUGUCAUUUAUGAAGGAAGCUGGAGAGUCUUGGCUUUAGCUGUGAUAGGUUUGCCCACCUGAAUGCUGUGACACCCAUUGCCCAGGUAUCUUGAAAGCAAAUUGCUCUCCCACCACUUCUCUUCCCUCUGCCCAUCAUUCCUUUGACAGUGUCGGGGAGGAGUCCCCAUUCAUCAGUGAGUGGGCACCAGCUCUUUUGUUUGUGAAGGGGCAGUUUAAGAGUGAAACAGGAGGACAUCACUUCCUCCCUCAGCCCCUGUUUGGAUGUGUACACUCUGGCUGAAGGGAGUCCUUUGAUUUAGUUUCAAAAUAGAGUCUCUCUCUUGGAUUUCCUUCUUGACUCUUUUCACCUUUGGGUCCAUUUCCCCCCGCCCCCCAUUGCUUCCCCUUCCAGGCAGCUCUAUUCUUACAGAGCCAUGGCAGGACAUUUAAAAAUUCCAAUGAAAACACUAAAAGGAAAGUGUAGAAUCACUAGCGACUAACCACUGGGAACCUAUUUUCUCAAUCUUCCUCUAUGUUGUGUUCUUUGUAUUCUCAAGAUGAUAAUAUAUUAUGUAUUUGAAUUGCUGAAAAAUUGAAAAUGAGGUUUAAGAUAUAUGUAUAUAAAGCAUAUGCUGUAUUGGUGCAAUAAUGGUAAUUAAAAAUAUGGAAAAAG